UGGCGGUAUCCCUUCGUGGGGUGGUAACUUUCCAGUUAUCAGUUAGCGCGGCCUUAGUGGAGGUCCUGCUGGAGGGGUUAUAAAGUGGUGAACGGUUCUUACAUCUGGAGAAAUCACCAUGUCUCAGUCCGGUGAAAAAGUUAAGCAGUUUGCAGACUCUGCUGGUGGAUAUGUGGGAUUUGCCAACCUACCAAAUCAGGUUCACCGAAAAUCUGUUAAGAAGGGCUUUGAGUUUACUCUAAUGGUUGUAGGUGAAUCUGGCUUGGGAAAGUCCACAUUAAUCAACAGCUUGUUUUUAACCGAUCUCUACCCAGAACGGUACAUUCCUGGGGCUGCAGAAAAAAUUGAAAGAACAGUACAGAUUGAAGCAUCUACUGUAGAAAUUGAAGAGCGUGGAGUAAAGCUAAGAUUAACAGUUGUUGACACACCAGGAUACGGUGAUGCUAUCAAUAGCCAGGACUGUUUCAAGACAAUAAUUCACUACAUUGACAAUCAGUUUGAACGGUACCUUCAUGAUGAAAGUGGUUUAAACCGAAGACACAUUGUGGACAACCGUGUUCAUUGCUGCUUCUAUUUCAUAUCGCCCUUUGGGCAUGGACUGAAACCUCUGGAUGUUGAGUUCAUGAAAGCUCUGCAUAGCAAAGUAAACAUUGUCCCAGUGAUUGCUAAAGCUGACACCUUAACCUUGAAAGAGAGAGAGAGGCUCAAGAGAAGGGUUCUGGAUGAAAUUGCAGAGCAUGGCAUUCGGAUCUAUCAGCUGCCAGAUGCAGAUUCUGAUGAGGAUGAAGAAUUUAAAGAGCAAACAAGAGUAUUAAAGGCCAGCAUUCCAUUUGCAGUUAUUGGUUCCAACCAGCUGAUAGAGGUCAAAGGUAAAAAGAUCCGUGGCCGUCUUUACCCUUGGGGUGUGGUUGAAGUGGAGAAUCCAGAGCAUAAUGAUUUCCUGAAGCUGCGGACCAUGCUUGUCACGCACAUGCAAGACCUACAGGAAGUGACGCAGGACUUGCACUAUGAAAAUUUCCGCUCUGAGAGGUUAAAGCGAACUGGCAGGCCAGUAGAGGAAGAGGUGGUUGACAAGGACAGAAUCUUAAUGCAGAAGGAGGCUGAGUUACGUCGCAUGCAGGAAAUGAUCGCCCAGAUGCAGGCCCAGAUGAGAAGGAAGCCUGCUGCAGAUGAGUGACCAGUAACGAAGCCAACUACUUCCUGCAGAACAGAGCAGGAUAUCCAUCUGAGAACACUAUUAAAGACACAGGAUGCCACAACUUGGAUGGAGUCUGUAUGGCAGGAAAUACCAUACAUAGCAAGCAAGCCAUUCUUUCAAGGGUUAUGGAAAACUGUUUGGUAUUGGAAUCUCAGCCACAGAUUGUUGUUUUCCUCACCAGAUUUAUGCUUUUGUACUUUGGUGGAGGACAAUUGUCUGCAUUUAUACUGUGCUUGUGUACUAUUUUUUAGUGUUUUGUAUUUGAAAUGUUGUAUCCUGGUUUGCAAGUGCAGACCUCACAUUUUCAAUGUUUUACUUGCAAAAUAUAAUUUUAUCACUUUAGGAUUUUUUUAGGAAUCUAUGUAUACAUAAACUGAGUAGAGCACAUCCACAUCUAUGAUUUGCACAUUUGUAAACUGGGAAUUUUAAAACAAUUUAAUUAUGUUUUGAACCAUAACAAUGUAGAUGUAUAAAAGUCACAGACUUUGUUACCUGUGCUUCAAUCACUCCUUAAUGCAGCAAGAAAAAUUUUUAAAGCCUCAGUUACUAAAAAUAUAGCUGAAAAUGGCAGCAGCAUAAGGCUUGAAUAGAGCGGUUGUAUUUGUGCAAUUACUGCACUUAACCUUUAUUUUCAAUAGUAUCCAGAAUGGGUAACUUGGGUAUUCCAGGUUUUGAGGCCAUAUUUCUGUCAGUCGUUAGUAACUUGUAUGUCUUCAAAACACUGCGUAACCUAACUUAGAGAUUAUCAGUAGCCAGCCCAUGUUUUAUUCAUGGGUAAGACAGCAGUGUAGAAUCCUUGCUUUCAGGGCUAAUCCACUGAAGUACUAAAAACACUAAGUUAAUAAUACCUGAAAUACAGGGGAAACAGGAUACAUUCCAAAGUAAUGUUAAUGUUUUGUAUGUGCCUAAUGUCAAAAAUGCCUUUCUGGGAGUUUUGAAAGUUAAACAAGUUUUGUUUUUGAUGAAUUUUGCAUGUUGCUUUUGUUGGAAGACUUUCCUAAGAGUAUCUAUGCAGUAAGAACGCCAAUAUCUCAGUGCUGUACAGGUCAGUACUGACAGUAUUUAACACUAUUACUGUUUCUUUUAUUAUGUCAACUGUACAGAAAUUAAAAUUUGCUUUAUACAAAAGUUGUGGAAGUAUAAA